AUACCUUCAACCUCUCAGAUUGCAAACUCUCUCUCUCUCUCUCUCUCUCUCUCAGUCUACAAGCUUAAAAUUUGGCAGCACCAUAAGGUGUGAUUCUCUCAACUAGCUUUUGGUUCGGAUUCUAGCGCUGUACGAGAAGAAAUGGAUGAAAACAGCAACGAUUUCAGUGAGGCAGUUGACAAAUGUUUCAACAUGUAUAACCCUCGUUUGAAGAUUGACAAGCUUUUGUUUCUCGCCGACCGUGGUGUAAACCGAACCGAAAGCCUAAGUGUAGCUUGCCGUUUGACCAAGCUCGGAGACAGUACCAAUCUUCUCCGAAGGGUCAGAAGCAAAUACAACAUGGAAAGCGAUGCUGAUGAUUCUCUGUGGCUGAUGAACGUUUUUAGACGAGCUGAUGAACGUUUUUCUCGAGCAAAGAGUACUUAUGAGUCAUCAUGCUUUUCUCAGGAAACAAUUAAUUUAGAAGGUAAGAGGAAACUUUACAGCAAGUUAGGGCAGCUCCAUUACUACUCAGGGGAUCUCGGUAAGGCUUUUGAGAAUCAUCUUCAGGAGCUCGCACACUGCACUAUGGUGAAUCAGCGGAUUGACUCAAAUAUGAAGCUGAUUCUAGUUAGCCUUAAAAGGGGCAAACUAGACGACGUACCCAAGUGGGUUAAUGAAAAUAGGACGCAAUAUGGUCCUCUAGAGAGUAUAGUCGCUGCAAAGGUGGCAUGUGCCCAUGCAUUAAGCCAUAUGGGACUAGGGGAAUACAAAACCGCAGCACUUGAGUUCUUAGAUGUGGAUUGUGUUGCACUUGGAGAUACAUUUGACCAAGUCAUUCUCCCUCACGAUGUUGCCACGUAUGGAGGUUUAUGUGCCCUUGCCACAUAUGAUCGAUCUGAAAUUCAGCAACGAGUCUUUGAAAACGACCACGCAUGGUUAGGACUAGCACCGGAAGUAAGGAAGAUUAUCAAGGAGGCCGCUAUGCUGUGUGUGGAAUAUCUUCAAACUAUCAAGAAAACUCUACUGUUGGAUAUGUACGUUUACCAACAUGUCGAGUGGUUGCUUUGUCAGAUUCGUGAGAAGGCUCUCCUGGAAUACGCACAACCGUUUGCAUCUCUCCGUAUGUGCACCAUGGCAAGUCAAUUCAGAAGCAGCGUCCCUGACCUAGAGGAGGAACUCAUGGCCUUGAUCAAGAAAAACAAGCUAGAGGCGUGCAUUGAUUCUCAGACUAAAGUACUUUACAAGAAUGCACAUUUCCAGCCCAAGAAAUGAUGGUAAAGACUCAACCUCCGUUAAGAUGACUGAACGGCUAGAAAACCUUGAGAUUCUGCUUUCUCUAGACUUUGUCUCUUUGUCUGAUUUUGCUACAUGUUUAUUUAUGUCCACGACACUUUUCAAAAAGACAUUCCACCAUAUUACGCAGGCAAA